AUGUUCGGUCGAUCGAUCUCAGCAGUUCUGGCGAUCGCACUGCUGAUCAAUGGCAACGAAGCACGACAGCCGACUCGAGGCCCUUCUACGCGUCCUACCCAGCAGUCUGAACCAAUUGAUCCCUCAAACUAUCGAUUUUUAACUAACGAGACUAAAUCCCAUGUCGUGGAGAGUCUACCGGACGUUAAUUUCGAUUUGGGAGAGAUGUACUCGGGGUUUAUCCCUGUCCGUGACGAUGCCUCCUUGUUCUACAUAUUCCAGCCGAAGAUCGGGGAACCAAGCGACGACCUUACAAUUUGGCUGAAUGGUGGACCGGGAUGUAGUUCAAUGCAGGGGUUUCUGCAGGAGAACGGGCGCUUCACCUGGCAACCUGGUACCUACGAACCUGUCAUCAAUGAGUACUCAUGGGUUAAUUUAACCAAUAUGUUAUGGGUCGACCAACCGGUUGGAGUUGGGUUCUCAAACGGCACGCCGACUGCAACCGACGAGGAGGACAUCGCUGCCGAUUUCGUCAACUUUUUCCAAGAGUUCCAAAAAACAUACGGUAUUAAGAACUUUCGAAUCUUCUUAACUGGUGAGAGUUAUGCGGGCCGGUACGUGCCCUUCAUAUCCGCCGCCAUGCUCGACAAGAAUGAUACCGAGUACUUCAACCUCAGCGGAGCCCUGAUGUAUGAUGCGUGCAUCGGCCAGUGGGAUUAUAUCCAGGCCGAACUCCCCUCCUACCCCUUCGUUGAACAACAUGCCGAGCUCUUCAACUUUAACCAAUCGUACAUGGGGGAGCUGCAAGCUACCUACGAAGAAUGCGGUUACAAGGAAUACUUCGAGGAGUAUUUCACCUAUCCGGCCUCUGGAGUGCAACCCUCCAAACAAAUGAACUACUCCGAGUGCGACAUCUACAACAUGAUUUAUUUCGAAGCUUAUAAUCCGAACCCAUGUUGGAGUCCUUACAAGGUCAGCCAGACAUGUCCACUCUUAUGGGAUGUCCUGGGCUUCCCCACAGACCUUGCCUAUCAACCCGGUCCCUCAACCUAUUUCAACCGCACGGAUGUGAAGAGCGCUCUGCAUGUUCCUCUCGAUAUCGACUGGGAGCUCUGUAGCAUCGAAAGCGUCUUUGUGGGCGUCAACCCGGGGCCCGAGCAACAGUACGACGAGUCUGCGAAUCCCACAGAGCAUGUCCUGCCGCGACUGAUCGAGGCGACUAAUCGGGUCUUGAUCUCGAAUGGAGAUUGGGACUAUCUGAUCAUCACGAAUGGAACGUUGCUGGCGAUCCAGAACAUGACCUGGAAUGGCGAGCUGGGUUUCCAGACUCGUCCCACCACUCCCAUUACUAUUGACACGUCCGACUUGCAAUACGCUCCGGUCUUCACUGCCCAAGACGAUUAUGGCGGUUUGGAUGGUCCACAGGGGUUGAUGGGAGUCCAGCACUAUGAACGUGGUCUGAUGUUUGCGGAAACCUUCCAAGCGGGUCAUCGACAAUCCCAGGAUCAAGGCCGAAUGUCUUAUCGUCAUGUCCAGUGGUUGUUGGGUGAUGUUGAGCGUCUUUGA